AUGGCAGGGUGGCAGGGAAACGAAAGCCGACCGACGACUCUAAAACACCUUGCUCUCGAAGUUCUGCGAGCGGAUGCGGAAAUAAACGCUACGAAAAGCAGCAUACAACGGCUUGCAUCUGAUGUACAAGAGCUUUCGCUGAAAAAUGAGGAGGAUCGUGUGAACAGACUAUGGUGUUGCCAUGGCAACCCCAGAUCCGAGGCAUGGAGGAUGGCUGAGAAGUUGAGGUAUAACCCUGACCUCCUCUCAGAUGUGAUCAGCUCCCUGAAUGAGAAGUUAAAACAAUGCAGAAUGGAGACUAGUCAGCUCAGACAAAAGUGUAAUCCUGGAUGAAGGAUAUUUGCAUAAAGUAUUUUAUUACUAACAUCAUAAUUGAAAGCCAGCUGACAUGUCAUACAUUGUGGUAUACAAAUAAUUUCUGGUGAGAAUAUUUUGCAUAGAUGUGAAUGCGUGUGAAUCGGUUUGGGUUGUACUUCACAUUCAGACCCAUCAUUCAGUUUCCUUAUUUUUUACCGAUUAAAUCAAAUGAAAAUCGUAUAUUUACUUCAUCAGAAAAUCAGUUGUUUAUCUAAUAAGUGAAAUAAAUAAUUAAUAAUUAAAGAUAUUUAAUAUGGAGCUCAUUGAUUGAAUCCCCCUGCUUUUUUUCUUAAUAUUAUUCAUUCUACUCCAGAAAAGUUUGAUAAGCACCAGAUAGAUAAUUCAGAUGUUGUGAACAACUGGUUUUUAAACAGUUCAUAAAACCUUUGAAAGCUAAAUUUCAUACAUGUAUCUACCUCAUCAUGACUUGAUAUUGUGAUACGUAUAAAGUAUGUAUAUUAAUGGUUUAACCUGCAGUCUUUUUUUUAAGAUUUGUUGGACCUACAAAAACGUGAAAACAGUUUACAUUGUAACCGUGGAAUACAUUUGUAAAUGAGUGUAAAUGAAUUGUGCUAUCAGAAACAUGCAUUUGUAAUUUUUAUUUUCACCUGAGUAUAUCUCUUGAAAUAAGAAGUUAAGCAAGUGUACAAGUGUUGCUUUGUAUUGUGUAAUACUCAACAUUUUCAGCAUGCUAAACAAAAUGAGAUUUUGGGUUUAACUUUAAAAACAGUGUUGGUAAAAAAAUUCAUUUUACUACUCUAGGAUGGGUAGUGAGAUAGUAGGGCUAAAUUUGCUCCCCAUCAGCUUAGACUGCCUCAGCUCAGGUCACUGAAACCAGUGAGGUCGCUGGUUCAAAUCUAGCUUGUGCAGAUUUGGCGGCAGCCUUAAAUCA